AUGUGCACGUACGUCGUAAUGCUGCUGAUCGCCCUGGCCGCCGCUGCCGUCGCCGUCGUCGAGGCGGCCCCGCAGACGUCCACGGCGGACGCCGCGACGACCGCGGCCGCCACCGCCGCGGCCGCCGGGGCCGACGAGGUCGUGUACGACCAACGGCAAAACGGCACCGAGAACGUGCGGAUCAGCCUCAGCGACCUCAAGGUCGUGGUGGCACCGGCCGACGGCCUAUUCGGGAUCAUUUCCAUGGCCGGCGCCGGGUUGCUGUCGGAUCAGUUUGGCGCCGCGUCCGAGAACAAGCCGUCCACGGUCGACUGCAACGGUUUCAAGUGCAACAACCGAAUCCGGCAAGCCGCCAAAAAGAAUCGUUUCAAAUUGUCUAGUCUCAUCGUUCCACUGUUGAACAACCAAGCCGAACAGAAAACCGGAAUUCCCGACAGCAACAACAACACUCAUUAAAACAUAUUAUAAUGUUUUUUUUUUUUCAUACAGUUACAUGUGUCUAAAAAAAUGUCCAAAAGGGAACAAAAAAAAAAAAAAUGAACACAAUAUUAACAAUAGGGUUUUGCGCAUAACGCAAUGAUUAUAUAUUUUAUUUCAAUAUUGAUUUCACAUAAAACAAAAACAAAAAAUCGCUAAAACCAGCACAAUGCAAAUUGAAACAGUUCAAUAAAAAAAAAAAUGAAUGUACUUUUUGCGUUUAAUCUUACAAAUUAAUAUUCAUACAUUUUAUUUUUAUUAUAUACAUCUAAGUCAACAAUAAAAUACAUAUUAAAAAAAAAAAUAAAAUACCUUAAAAUUAAAAUAACACUAAUUAUAACGAAUUAAGUUCUAACACGGACAAUUAUUAGGAUAAGGUCAAUGUUCGGUAUAUAGAUAUUAUAUAUUAUAAUAUAUUAUAUAAAUAUAAUAUAUUAUAUAUUUAUUAUAAAGACUGUUGUAGGAAUUUAAAUUUUAUAUUUUUUUUAUACGUUUAAAAACGAUAAUAAUAUUAUUUAUUUAAUAAAAUAAAUAAUUUUACACGCACG